AUGUCCACCGCCGACGAGCUCAAAGCUCUGGGCAACAAGGCCAUCGCCGCCAAGAACUUUGACGAGGCUAUCGACAAAUUUACCCAGGCCAUCGCCCUCAACCCGAGCAACCACAUCCUCUACAGCAACCGCUCCGCCGCGUACGCCUCAAAGAAGGACUGGGACCAUGCCCUCAUAGAUGCCGAGAAGACCAUAGAACUCAAGCCCGACUGGCCAAAGGGCUGGGGGCGAAAGGGCACAGCGCUCUACGGGAAGGGCGACCUCCUGGGAGCAAACGACGCAUACGAGGCCGGCCUGAAGAUUGACCCCAACAAUGCCGGCAUGAAGAACGACCUGGCAUCCGUGCAGCGGGCCAUGGAGCAGGAGGCUGGCGCUGACGGACCGUUUGGCGACCCGAGCGGCGGUAUCGGGCAGAUGUUCAACGACCCGAACUUGAUCCAGAAGAUUGCCAGCAACCCCAAGACGAGUGCCUUCCUGGCCGACCCAGCCUUCAUGGCGAAGCUGCAGGCCAUCAAGCAGAACCCAAACAACACAACCGACAUCUUUAGCGACCCCCGCUUCAUCCAGGUUCUCGGCGUAAUGAUGGGCGUCGACAUGCAGAUGGGAAUGCCCGGCGAGGGGGCCGCUGCCUCGGGCGCCAAGGAGACCGAGGAGGACGUCGAGAUGCCAGAUGUCCCGCCGCGCACAAGGCAGGCGCCGGCACCGAAAGCGCCCGAGCCCGAGCCCGUGGUGGAGGAGGUGGACGAGGAAGCGCUGGAGAAGAAGAAGGCCAAAGAGGCAGCCGACAAGGAAAAGGCCCUCGGCACCGAGAACUACAAGAAGCGCAACUUCGAGCAGGCCAUCAAGCACUACCAAGCCGCGUGGGACCUGCACAAGGACAUCACAUACCUCAACAAUCUCGGCGCGGCCUAUUAUGAGAACGGCAGCUUCCAGGAGUGCGUCGACACGUGCACCAAGGCCGUCGACGAGGGGCGCGAGCUGUACGCCGACUUCAAGGUCAUCGCCAAGUCGCUGGCGCGCAUCGGCUCAGCCUACGAGAAGCUGGGCGAUCUCGGCCAGGCCAUCGAGUUCUACAACAAGUCGCUGCGCGAGCACCGGACGCCCGAGGUCGUCAACAAGGUGCGGGCGGCGGAGCGCAACAAGAUCGAGGCGGCGCGCAAGGCGUACAUCGACCCGGCCAAGGCCGAGGAGGCGCGCGAGGAGGGCAACAAGAAGUUCAAGGAGUCGGACUGGCCCGGCGCGGUCGCCGCGUACUCGGAGAUGAUCAAGCGCGGGCCCGAGGACCCCCGCGGCUACAGCAACCGCGCGGCGGCCUUCAUCAAGCUGCUCGAGUUCCCCAGCGCCGUCGACGACUGCAACACGGCCAUCAAGAAGGACCCCAAGUUCAUCCGCGCCUACAUCCGCAAGGCCCAGGCCUACUUUGGCAUGCGCGAGUACAGCAAGUCGGUCGACGCCUGCAACGAGGCCCACACGAUCGACAAGGAGCACCACAACGGCGCCAACGCCCGCGAGAUCGACCAGCAGCAGCAAAAGGCCUUCACUGCCAUGUACUCGGCGCGCGAGAACGAGACCGAGGAGCAGACGCGGGAGCGCCUGAUGAGAGACCCCGAGAUUAUGGGAAUCAUGCAGGACCCCGUGAUGCAGGCCAUCCUGCAGCAGGCCCAGUCGGAGCCGGCCGCCCUGGCCGAGCACAUGAAGAACCCCAACGUGCGGACCAAGAUCCAGAAGCUGGUUGCGGCCGGCGUGAUCCGCAUGGGCCGGUAA